GUUCCUUCCGCUUCGGGUCUACUUUGACUGGAGACAGACGGAGAGCCGGCGCCCCGGUUCGGUGGCCUCCAGUGAGAUCGGGAGGGUCCAAGUAGUCUAUAUAUAGCUAAAAUGUUGUCAAGACUUUUCCGAAUGCAUGGCCUUUUUGUGGCCUCCCAUCCCUGGGAAGUCAUCGUGGGGACAGUGACACUGACCAUCUGUAUGAUGUCCAUGAACAUGUUUACUGGUAACGAUAAGAUCUGUGGUUGGAAUUAUGAGUGUCCAAAGUUUGAAGAGGAUGUUUUAAGCAGUGACAUUAUAAUUCUGACAAUAACACGAUGCAUAGCGAUCCUGUAUAUUUACUUCCAGUUCCAGAAUUUACGUCAGCUUGGAUCAAAAUAUAUUUUGGGUAUUGCUGGCCUCUUCACAAUUUUCUCAAGUUUUGUGUUCAGUACGGUUGUCAUUCAUUUCUUGGAUAAAGAACUGACAGGCUUGAAUGAAGCUUUGCCCUUUUUCCUACUUUUGAUUGACCUUUCCAGAGCAAGUGCACUAGCAAAGUUUGCCCUCAGUUCCAACUCACAGGAUGAAGUACGGGAAAAUAUCGCUCGUGGAAUGGCCAUUUUAGGUCCCACGUUCACCCUUGAUGCCCUUGUAGAAUGUCUUGUGAUUGGAGUUGGUACCAUGUCAGGUGUGCGUCAACUUGAGAUUAUGUGCUGCUUUGGCUGUAUGUCAGUUCUUGCCAACUACUUUGUGUUCAUGACUUUCUUCCCAGCUUGCGUUUCCUUGGUUUUAGAGCUUUCUCGGGAAAGCCGCGAGGGUCGUCCAAUUUGGCAGCUGAGCCACUUUGCUCGAGUUUUAGAAGAAGAAGAAAAUAAGCCAAAUCCUGUUACACAGAGAGUUAAGAUGAUUAUGUCUUUAGGCUUGGUUCUUGUUCACGCCCACAGUCGCUGGAUAGCCGAUCCUUCUCCUCAAAACACUACAGCAGAAAAUUCUAAAGUUUCUUUAGGAUUGGAUGAAAAUGUGUCCAAGAGAAUUGAACCAAGUGUUUCCCUCUGGCAGUUUUAUCUCUCUAAAAUGAUCAGCAUGGAUAUUGAACAAGUUAUUACCCUAAGUUUAGCUCUCCUUCUGGCUGUCAAGUACAUCUUCUUUGAACAAGCUGAGACAGAAUCUACACUAUCGUUAAAAAACCCUAUCACAUCUCCUGUAGUGACCCCCAAAAAAGUCCCAGAUGAUUGUUGUCGACGUGAACCAGUCACAAAUAGCCAGAAAUUCCAUGCAGUGGAGGAGGAGACAAGGAUAAACAGAGAAAGAAAAGUUGAGGUCAUAAAACCCUUAGUGGCAGAAGCUGACCCUGCAAACAGAGCUACGUUUGUGGUUGGUAACUCUUCCUUACUUGAUACUUCACUGGAACUGGAGACACAGGAACCGGAAAUUGAACUUCCUAUGGAGCCUCGGCCUAAUGAAGAAUGUCUGCAGAUACUUGGGAAUGCAGAGAAAGGUGCAAAAUUCCUUAGUGAUGCUGAGAUCAUCCAAUUAGUCAAUGCCAAGCAUAUCCCAGCUUACAAAUUGGAAACUCUGAUGGAAACUCAUGAACGAGGUGUAUCUAUUCGCCGACAGUUACUGUCCAGAAAACUUCCAGAGCCUUCUUCGCUCCAGUAUCUACCUUAUAGGAACUAUAAUUACUCCUUGGUGAUGGGAGCUUGUUGUGAGAAUGUGAUUGGAUACAUGCCCAUCCCUGUUGGAGUGGCAGGACCUCUGUGCUUGGACGGAAAAGAAUACCAGGUGCCGAUGGCAACAACAGAAGGCUGUCUUGUGGCCAGCACUAAUAGAGGCUGCAGAGCAAUAGGUCUCGGUGGAGGUGCCAGCAGCCGAAUCCUUGCAGAUGGGAUGACCCGUGGCCCGGUGGUGCGCCUUCCCCGUGCUUGUGACUCCGCAGAGGUGAAGGCCUGGCUUGAGACACCUGAAGGGUUCACAGUGAUAAAGGAGGCUUUUGACAGUACCAGCAGAUUUGCACGUUUACAGAAACUUCACAUGAGUAUGGCUGGUCGCAACCUUUAUAUCCGUUUCCAGUCCAGGUCAGGUGAUGCCAUGGGGAUGAACAUGAUUUCAAAGGGCACAGAGAAGGCACUUUCGAAACUUCAUGAGUAUUUCCCCGAAAUGCAGAUUCUAGCAGUUAGUGGUAACUACUGUACUGACAAGAAACCUGCUGCUAUAAAUUGGAUAGAGGGAAGAGGAAAGUCUGUGGUUUGUGAAGCUGUCAUUCCAGCCAAGGUUGUCCGAGAAGUAUUAAAGACGACUACAGAAGCCAUGAUUGAGGUCAACAUUAAUAAGAAUCUGGUGGGUUCUGCCAUGGCCGGGAGCAUUGGAGGCAACAAUGCCCACGCGGCGAACAUCGUAACUGCCAUCUACAUUGCCUGUGGGCAGGAUGCAGCACAGAAUGUUGGUAGUUCAAACUGUAUUACUUUAAUGGAAGCAAGUGGCCCCACAAACGAAGAUCUGUACAUCAGCUGCACCAUGCCAUCUAUAGAAAUAGGAACUGUGGGCGGGGGGACCAAUCUGCUCCCUCAGCAAGCUUGUUUGCAGAUGCUAGGUGUGCAAGGAGCAUGCAAGGACAAUCCCGGGGAAAAUGCCCGGCAGCUUGCCAGGAUCGUGUGCGGUACGGUCAUGGCUGGGGAACUGUCACUGAUGGCAGCGCUGGCAGCCGGACAUCUUGUCAAAAGUCACAUGAUUCACAACAGGUCAAAGGUAAAUUUACAAGACCUCCAAGGAACUGGCACUAAGAAGGCUGCUUGAAGAGUCUAGCAGAUCUGAACUGAAACGCGGGCAUUGGGUUCUAAAGGACUAACAUAAAAUCUGUGAAUUAAAAAGCUCAGUGCGGUGUUAUGUUGAGGAUGACUAGACGUGAUCUGUGAGGUGGCUGCUUGGUGUUUGGCUCUUUGAGAGAGGUCUGAGAUCCUUCUUUCCCUGCAGAUUUCUCAGAUCUGAAAAUAGUGUAGUGCAUUAUGUGCUGUGCUCUCUGGAAGGAAAGAUCUCGACGUGGAUAUCACGCUCUAAACAUCACAGAUGGUAAUCUACAGCUCACUUCUCAAAGAGAAUACAAGAUGGAAAAAAGUAUUUUCUUUUGAUGAAAUCCAUGGAGUUCGUGGUGAUCAGUGUGAGAUUGACCCUCCUCUCCAACCUUCCCGCCCUCCUGGUUGAAAAUGGAGUUUUAAAUUAUACUGUAGCUGACAAACUGAUUUCCUAGUUAAUUUAUUGAGUCUGGGUUAUAGAACUUAAAUAAGAGCUAAGUUUAUUUUUUUGUAAACUAAUAAUUCAUUUGGUGCUGGUCUGUUUUCUUUCUGGGUAGCCAUUGUGAUUGUUCAGAAGGGGACCUACUUUCUUCAAGGGAAGAAUUACUCUUAUUCCCAAACUACUGAAUAAUGUGCUAAGCAGUGCUAAUAGUUCUCUGCCAAGAAAACAAAUCACUGCAUUAAUGUCUGCGGGCUGUUUGUUCAGAGAGGCCUCUUGUCUAAAUAUAAAUGUCUGUUUACAUUGCUAGAACAUUUCUUGUAGUGUCAGGCUUUAAGAAACGAGAGUUUUGCACUCUUUGUUACAUAUACAAGAGCUCUUAAUAUUGCUUAGACAAAGGGGACUCUUAUCAAGAACGUACAGGUCUGACCUCUCAACGCUCAGAGGGUGGAAAACACAGGCUUGAAAGAACAAUGCUGUUUCUCUAAGCCAACUUUAAUUUCUUAAAAGACUUAAAUUUAUUUAGCUGAAAAAUCUAGGUAGGUUUUUUUGUAAAGAACUGUAUCAAAAAUCUGUAUAUGUUGUAAUAAAGCUUCUUACACUAGGAGUUUAUUCAAAGUGUUCAAGAAAUAAAUAAAAAUCAACUUGUAUACUGAUAAGACACUCUAAGCUCGGGCCAGAAAAGAUAGUAUUUUUGAAUGUUGUCCAGGAAACCCUGGCUUGCUUUUCACGCCCAGUGACAGGGAAAGUCAGCUUUCGGAGCCGGUGGAGGUGCCACAUGAAUGGCUCUGCGGGAGCGUACUUUGUUCCUGUGGCCAGGAGGUUGGUGACCAGAACAUUCACACAAAGCUCUUUGAUAAGACCCAUAAAAGCUCUUUGCUUCCUCAGGGCGUCAGCAGAAUUGUUGAAUCUUCAUUUUUUUUUAAUGUACAAGUUUUGUAUAAAUAAUAAAGAACUCCUUAUUUUAUAUUACAUCUCAAGUUUCAAGUGUUGGUCUUGGAGAGAGAAGAUGGACUCUGAAGAACAUUCCAGUAAUGCCGUGGCAGCAUGGAGAGCCUCUGAGUGACUGUCUGCAGUACUGUUGUGGAAGACUGACCUUUGCUCUUGUAUGUAAAGUUUAAGUUGCUUCCGUUGUGACUUGCAGCCAGUGACUUCUUAUUUAUCUGAAUUUUCAUGGAAGUGGCAGUGAAAAGUGUGAGUCUUCAUUCUGGUGACUGUAACCUACAUUGUCUUGCUAAAUGAAUGUUUUGUACAAUUAGUAAAUUGUAUACAUUUUGUUACACUUUUUUCCCAGUUCCAGUAAAUUAUGAAAAGGAAGUGAAUACUGA